AUGGGCUGCAGCGCCGCCCGGCCCGCCAGGCCGCGCCGCCGGCCGGGACCGCCCGCGAGAGCCGGAGCCGAUGGCGAUCGGCUCGGCGCGGCUCGGCUCGGCUCGACUGACCGCGCCGCGGCCUCCCGGGCCUCCCCGGCCUCCCCGGCCGCCGCCGCCCGCCGCGCACUCUGCGCCCCUCCCGGGCCACCGGCGCCACCUAUUGAUCUGCCCUCCUGGGCAGGCAGUGGGACCAUCGACGACAACAUGAGGGCUCUGUGGCUCCUGGGGUCCCUGCUGAUGAGCCUGGAUUUGACACUUUCGGCCCCACCAUGGAAAGGACCUAAGGAAUUCAAGCACGGCCUUGACGAGCCCACUGUGGUUCUCACCGUUGAUGGGAACCUCUGCCACUUUCCCUUCCUGUACCACCGCCGUCUGCACCACAGAUGCAUCCACAAAGGCGGGCCGGGCCGGUCCUGGUGUGCCAUCACUCCUAACUUUGACCAGGACCAGCAGUGGGGAUACUGCUUGGAGCCCAAGAAGGUGAAAGACCACUGCAGCAAACACAACCCCUGCCACAAAGGAGGGACGUGUGUGAACACCCCCAAUGGCCCCCACUGUCUCUGCCCAGAACACCUUACUGGGAAGCAUUGCCAGAGAGAGAAGUGCUUUGAGCCUCAGCUUCUCCAGUUCUUCCACGAAAAUGAGAUAUGGUUUAGAACGGGGCCAGCAGGUGUGGCCAGGUGCCAAUGCAAGGGUCCUGGCGCCCACUGCAAGCCGCUGGCCAGUCAGG